AUGUCCACACUGCUCCGGCAAUCAGGCAACCUCGCACGUCUGUCCCGACCGUACAUCAAUGCCGCUGCUGCAAGGGCACCCCGCACAUUACGGACACGCGCACCGCUACCACAAUGCAUAUACGCCCAGCAACGCGCCCGGAGGUUUGCGACCGGGCCCCCCGAAGAGCCAAAGAACAAAAAGGACGAUGACCGAGUGAAGGAGGACGGCCGUAGCGAGAGGCUCGAUUCUGAUGAAGCUGCGAAUUUAAACAAGAGCAAUCAAGGACAGCCUCAGAUGUCCAAACUCACGCCAGAGGAGGAGAGGAUGCUGGAUCAGCUGGUGUCAUUUGUAUCCAUGGGCGUCCCAAAGGCUCAGAAGCAAUAUAUCAAGGAGGCAAUGGACGAAAUCAAGCGGAACGGCAUACCGCCUGAGCUGCGCCUAGAGAUGGACAGGCUGGAAAGAGGCGAGAAGCUGGAUCUGGCUACGGCUGCAAAGAUCUCACGCCUAACUACCAACAUGGCCCGCAAGGUAGCCGAUCAGCAAAAGUUCAAAGACGAGAGCUCGCAAAAGUCGCACCAAAAGUCGGGCGCACACGACCCAGGCCCAGGCAAGGAAUCCAAGGGCAGCGCUGGCGGUCCUGGCGGUCCUAGUGGGCCUGGCUUCGGCGGCAGCAUGGACACAAAUACCAUUGUCAUCAGCGCUUUCCUUGCCUACCUCACGUACAAGAUGAUCUUCCCAGGCGAAAAUACAAAGGAGAUUACAUGGCAAGAGUUCCGGACGACGUUCCUGGACAAGGGCCUGGUCGAGAAGAUUGUCAUUCUCAACGGGAACAAGGCAAAGGUGCACCUGCACCGCGAGGCAGUGGCCUCCAUGUACCCCGACUCUCCCUCUGUCAACCCCAACUUCUACUACUACUUCACUAUUGGCUCUGUCGAGGCGUUUGAGCGCAAGAUGGACGAUGCGCAAUAUGAGCUGGGCAUUCCCAGCUCGGAGCGCAUCCCCGUCGCAUACUCGAGUGAAAUCUCGUGGUUUGGAACCUUCUUGUCAUUUGGACCCACGAUUCUCCUUCUCGGUGCACUAUUCUACUUUACAAGACGCGCAGGAGGCGGAGCAGGAGGCGGUGGCGGUGUCUUUGGCAUGGGCAAGAGCCGCGCCAAAAAGUUCAAUCAUGAGACAGACGUCAAAGUCAAGUUCAGUGAUGUUGCUGGAAUGGACGAGGCCAAGCAAGAGAUUAUGGAGUUUGUGUCCUUCCUCAAGGACCCAAGUCGGUUCCAGAAGCUCGGCGCAAAGAUACCGCGUGGUGCUAUUCUCUCAGGAUCCCCCGGUACUGGUAAGACGCUGCUUGCCAAGGCUACUGCUGGAGAGUCUGGGGUUCCAUUCUUCAGUGUCAGUGGAUCCGAGUUUGUUGAGAUGUUCGUCGGUGUUGGUGCCUCGCGAGUCCGAGACUUGUUUGCCAACGCGCGCAAGAGCACGCCGUGCAUCAUCUUCAUUGACGAAAUCGAUGCCAUUGGCCGUGCUCGAUCCAAGCAAAAUUUCGGCGGAGGCAAUGAUGAGCGGGAGGCUACGCUGAAUCAGAUUCUCACGGAGAUGGAUGGUUUCAACACUACCGAGCAAGUGGUUGUUUUGGCGGGUACCAACCGACCGGAUGUGCUGGACAAGGCCCUCAUGCGACCUGGUCGUUUCGAUAGGCACAUCAACAUUGACAAGCCCACCAUGGACGGCCGUGCCCAGAUUUUCGGCGUUCAUUUGAAGAAGAUCAUCACCAACGAAGACAUGGAGUUCUUGAAGGGCAGGCUAGCAGCUUUGACACCAGGGUUCUCUGGUGCCGACAUUGCCAACUGUGUCAACGAAGCUGCAUUGAUUGCCGCCCGCGCCAACGCCGAUACCGUGGCCAUGGUGCAUUUUGAACAAGCCAUUGAGCGAGUGAUUGGUGGCCUCGAGAAGAAGUCGCUCGUGCUCAAGCCCGAAGAGAAGAAGACUGUGGCAUACCACGAAGCCGGGCAUGCCAUCUGCGGUUGGUACUUCAAGUGGGCGGACCCUCUUCUCAAAGUGUCCAUCAUCCCGCGUGGGCAGGGAGCGCUCGGCUAUGCGCAGUACCUGCCUAACGGCGACACUUACCUGAUGAAUGUGAACCAGCUGAUGGAUCGUAUGGCCAUGACGCUUGGUGGGCGUGUGUCUGAAGAGCUACAUUUCGACACUGUGACGUCUGGAGCGUCGGACGACUUCCGCAAGGUGACGCAGAUGGCGACUGCCAUGGUCAGCAAAUGGGGGAUGAGCAAGAAGAUUGGCUACAUCUACUUUGAAGAUGGCGAGGGCCAGCAACUGACGAAGCCUUUCUCGGAAGACACGGCCAAGAACAUUGACAUGGAGGUCAAGCGCAUUGUGGACGAAGCAUACAAGCAGUGCAAAGACCUGCUUACGGAGAAGAAGCAUGAGGUAGGGCUGGUUGCGGAAGAGCUGCUCAAGAAGGAGAUGCUGGGUCGUGAAGACAUGAUCCGGCUACUUGGACCGCGACCGUUUGAGGAGAGCCAAGACUUCCACAAGUACUUUUCUGGGGAGUACGGCAAGGCACCGGGGUAUGUGGAGCCCCACGGAAACGACGGGGUCAAGGGGCCGCUGGUGCCGCCUAGCCCAGCCACAUUCAAGGAUGUGGAGGGGGGUCGGUGA